AGUUUACUCUGCCCUCAGCUAAACCAAUCAUGUGCCGCUUGUUACUGCUGUGGGUGUUUCUGAUAAGCCUGGUGGUGGCCAUACCUGAGGAGCAUCAGUAUUGCGCCGUCAGAUACCGAAGACUUUGCCAGGGGAAGGGAAGACAUGUUGCUUGCCAGUUUCCUGAUUCGGGCCCCGGACCGUCCUGCGAGCGCUACACACAAAUUAAAUUUACAAAUGAUUUAAAGCACUUCAUUACACAUUACCUCAACAGACGUCGCCAACGCAUCGCUGCCGGCAAUGAAAGGGUCCGCGGUGGCGUGCACCUACCAAAACCUCAAGUUAUGAUGCUAGUGGAAUGGGAUCGAGAGCUAGCCGUUUUAGCACAAAGGCUAGCUGACCAGUGUCACUUCGUCCAUGACGAUUGUAGAGCCACAGUCCGCUACCCAUACGCGGGUCAGACUGUAGGCGAGGUCCGAUGGCGUCGCUCCAGCGAGUCUGACGAGCUGAGCGCGCAACGGGCGAUACGCCGCGUGCUCGACGCGUGGUGGGGAGAGAGGAGGCGGGUUCAGCCCAAACAGCUGACAGCGCCUUUUAGACUUACUGCCAAAGGCACAGUAUGGGGGCACUUCAGCCAACUAGCUGUAUGGAAUCUCCAAGCGGUUGGUUGUGGGGCCGUCCGUCACGGUGCCCACCAGUCGCGUCUACUCCUCGUGUGUGACUUCUCUCACACCAAUAUGCUGGGCCAGAGAACUCUGGUGUCAGGGUCCUUAGCACCCUGUCCUAUUCACACGCAAAGAAGGCCCAGGACAGCAUACCCUUUGCUUUGUGCACCGGUACGUCAUCCUGUACCCGCGGAACCAGAGGAGAUGGAACUCGAAGACAAUUAUGAUGACGAGAAUGAAGACGUGGAGGAGAUAGCUGACAUAGCAGAAGUAGGGGAUGCCCCAACACAAACCCCCUGGCAGCAACCCAGGACUGAAAGAAGACCAAAGUCCAAAAGUUCGAAAAAGAAAUCGACAACAAUCAGAGAGUUUCCUGCAGAGACUAGGAAACUUGAUACUAAAGUAUUUAGAGUAGCAUAUCAAACAAGUUCAACGCCAUCAAAGGAUUCAAUAGUCCAGAAGUUAGAUCGUGAGUUGGAGCAGAAAUCUCGAAAUAAAGUGAACGUCAAUGUGAAUUUCAAACAAGCUCACGCCACGUUUGACAGCAACCAGUUUGACACCCUCGUGAGGAGUGACUGGAGGACUAGAAAGAGGAACUUUGGGCAAUGGCGUCAAAGCCAUGAAAAUGCAGAGAACUUAGAAGAAGUGAUACCUUUAACAGUUCCGCACACUGAUACGGAAACUCUUGAACCGACCAUAGCUGAAGUAUAUCGUCCCACAAUGAGGGAGAUGGAAAUGGAAAAUGAAAGGACUGAGCAUAUACCGCGAACUGUGGUAGAAAUUUAUCGGCCCACCAUCAGUGAAGACGCCACUGAACGCGAACGUGAACAGGAACGCGAUCAUGAUCCUGAGCCCGUACAAGAACGUGAAAAUGAACCCAUAUCAGAACCUGAACCCGUUCAAGAGCAUGAACCCGUACACGAGCCUGAAGGCGAAUCCGUAAUCGAACGUGAACGCGAACCCCCACACGAACGUGUACCCGUACACGGAAGAGAACGUGGACGAAUACCGGAACAAGAACGGGAACGUCAACCUGUUCAUGAUCGGGAGCGUGGACGAGUACCGGAAAGUGAACCCGUCCACGAUCGGGAGCGUGGACGAGUGCCGGAAAGUGAACCCGUCCGCGAUCGGGAGCGUGGACGAAUGCCAGAACGUGAACCCAUCCACGAUCGGGAGCGUGGACGAGUGCCGGAACGUGAACCCGUUCACGAUCGGGAGCCUGGACGAGUAACAGAACAAGGACGUGGACGACUACCCGAACAAGAACGGGAACCCGUACGCGAACGUGGACGAAUACCGGAACAAGAACGUGAGCGUGAACCCGUCCACGAUAGAGUGCGUGGACGAGUCCCCGAACCGGAACGUGAACCCGUCCACGAUCGGGAGCGUGGACGAGUUCCGGAACAAGAACGUGAAAGUGAACCCGUACACGAAAAUGAACCCGUUCACGAUCGAGAGCGCGGACGAGUGCCAGAACAAGAACGCGAACCCGACCAGGAGCAUGAACAAGAAACUGAGCGUGAACAUGAAACUGAACAUGACGAAACCAAUUUCCGUCCCCGAUGGAGACAGACCAGGUUAAGGCCACAACGGCCGGGUGCAAACGCUCUUCUGUCGUUCUCAUCCACCAGCAAACCUCCUAAAAAAGAAUUAAUCGCAUCGCUAAAUUUGGACAAAGAGGAUAUUGACCAGUUAUUUCGCGACACUGGCUUCAACGUUAACUGGAGAAAGCAUACCACGUGAUUUACAAUAUACACACAUUUUUUUAA